ACGAGCAAACGGCUGGCGAGAAUGUAGAGAAGCUACUCAUUGUCUAAGCCUCUUCUCGCACGAUCUUUCUGGCUUGUUUUGCAAUUUCGAUAUUUCGAGCAAUAUGUACUGCAUAGCGUGCAUACGAUGGAUGGAUAUUCUUUGCUUCUUUCAAGGGAGCGGCAUAGCAUUUCCUGCAUGCAUUUUUGGGUUUGCGAAUAGACCGGUUCUUUUGCUUGGGUUUUGUUUGGCGCGGAUUCGAAUGGGCUGGGCCGGAAUAAUGGGUAUGGAUCUUGGAUUGGGUAUAGGCCUGGGGUAUCACGACACGUCUGGCGUUCACAAUGCAUCAAUGUCUUUGUCGAGUCCGCUCGCACUCCACACUACUCACCCAUUGAUUUCUUCGUCCUUGCCUGCAUUCUUACAUUCUCUCCUCGUCCUCUGCCUCGUGGUGAAGAGCAGGGGUGUCCAUUGCAUCUCAUCGGUGGUGGUUUCGUCAACGUUGCUAGUGCCUGCUGUGAUCCUAUCCAUGCAGCGAGAUGGACAGCAUCCAGGCACACCAUACAGGCGGGUUCAAUUUCAUCUUCCAGUGCGGGAUCGGCACCAGCUGCUAAGAGGAUUCGGACAGCCUCUGCAUGAUUGGCAUGGAUGGCGAGAUGGAGGGGAGUACAUUGGUGUGCGUUGCGGACGUCGAUAUGCCCACCAGAGGCGACCAGGGAUGCGAGGUUAGCAAUCUCGCCUUUGUAUGUGGCUUUGUAUAGGCAAAUCGCUAUCAUCGAGGGGAUAUUGCUCUACGGAUAGGCCUUCAGUUAGCACUUGUUCACUGUUGCGCUCGAUGCAUUCCGAACUUGCUUCAGCCAUUCUUUGGAGCAAUUCGAUAGUGAGUUAGAACGAGGCGUCGUUGUUCGAGUUCUCCGUGUAAUUUCUUUUUACAAGAAGUGGUUGCUAAAAUAAGAUCAAUUAAGUUUGUUGUGGGAUAAAUACCUAGGUAUGUACAGUAGUGGAUACCAUGCACCAUUAUAGCCAAGCGUAGUUGCCUAAAAGUGCUCC